AUGACAAAGACAGCUUUUUUAUUUUCUAUAUUAAUAUUUAUUCAAUUAUUUUUAUGUUGUAGAGUACACAUAUUUUCCUCACUUUUUUUGCAUUCCGUUCCAACUGCGCGUUUCUCGCGACGACGCCGUCAAUCCCUCUACUGUCGAAAACCAUGUACGACUUUACAACCAACGCCGUCACCUCAACCACCAAUCCACCGUUAGAAUCUCCGUCACCACUUAUCCGCCGCCACAACUCCAUAUCGGCGGUGACACCCAACAAACUCCCCCCUCCAGCAACAAAACCACCCAUGCGAACCUCAAGCUUAGAUUUAGAGCUAUUUUUACUCAAAUCCCCUUUCACUUCAUACACAUCACUCAAAGACAUGCUCCCUUCUCCUCACACCGCCAUCAAUUCUCCAACCGCCUCAUCCGCCUCAUCCGCCGCAAUUAACUCCGGCUACGAGAUCUCAAUCCGCAAUCGUCUUGUUAAGCAAGCUGCUUGGGCUUACCUUCAGCCUAUGUCCUCUUCUCCCGGAAAUUCCACCGCCCCUAACUUCCUCCGCCGCCUUUGCCACAGUCUCAGCACCUUCUGUCACAAUCUGGUUUCGGGUUUGACCCGGAUUUUCCGUCGAAUACUUCACGCUUUCAGUGGCCAAGUAAGAACGUAGCACCACCCUUAUAAUGGAUGAUGGACCCUUAUUUUGUGGUCCCUUGAUUUGUCUUAGAUUGAUUUCAAUAUUGAAAAAUAUAUAAUAUAUUUCUCAAUUUUUUUUCCUUUCACUUUUAAGAGUUUGUAUAGUUUUGAAUAUGCCUCUCAAUUGUUAUGGCCUCAAAAUCAAAGUGGAAAUGAAUAAAAUAAUAAUAUUUUUUUUAA